CAGGUACACGGCCGGGAGCCGCUCUGGAACCAGGAAGCUGCGACAAAGGCGGAGUUGAAAACAUUUACAGGGCCGCGAUGGGCGUGUGCGAUGGCCUCUCGCGCUGUAAGCUAGCGCUGGCCUUUGCUGUGCUGAUGGACCUCCUGGGCGUGGUGGCCCUCCUGCUGGGGGUCUUUGCCCGGCUGGAGAUCAAGGGACGAGACUUUGGGGACUUGCUGGUCUACACAGGAGCGCUGUUCGUGCUGAUGUCCCUGGCUGGCUGGGUUCUGUGGUACAGCGGGAACAUCGAGGGUCUGACCUCCAAGCGAGAGCUGGGACACAUUAACAGCGCCGUCGACAGGCUGGCGCGAAACCUCAGCCGCAAGAUACGCACGUACAGAAGCAACCGCUGAGGCCCGGUCCAGCGCCCGCCGUGUGCCAGUGUUACAAGCAAAUGUCCGCAACAUCUCAGUCGAACGUUUCAUGUUACUUUUUUUUGUACUUUUUAAAUAAACACCU